AAUAUUCAAAUGGUCAACACCUGGCUCCACAUGAUGGCGCCAUUCAUUAUCGCCGUUGCAAUUUUGAAAGACCGUCCGGCGUCCGCGUAUUAUCUAUGUAUUCCGACAGUUCCGUAGCCACCGCGUUAGGUGCCAGAAGUUCUCAAUUGCAGUUCAAGUGAACAAGUGUGCUUAGCAAAUUCGGCCCACGCGGACGCAGGAUCUUAUCAGAUCAGAUUGUUCCCGAACUUAUCAGAUUUCCGCAUUCUCCCUCCGAAUCCCAGCGAAAUCCAACCGUGGUCCAUAAAGCGCCGUCGAAUACCAUCUAAAUCGAUAUCGUCCUAUGUCUUCUACCGCAACGCCUGUGGGGUACCGUGCCGAGCAUUUCGUCGCACCAGCUGAACAGACAUUCAAGCUUCCAGACGGGUCUCCGGUGAACAGUGUGGACACAGAAGGUGUAAUCACUGUUACCAGCGGCAAUUCUGUUAUCACUUUUGCACCGCAGGAGCGUGUUGUGCGAGUCAGUCCGUACGGCAUUGUCAAUGAUGAUCGGGCAGUCUCGGAAGCGGUUCUGCUGAUCUCGAGUACGACCCCAGUGACGACGCGAGACCUUUGGAUUUCCGUUUACGCGUUAUGGCUACGAAAAAACGAGGAGGAUGUUGUUCCUGUGGUCAUUGAUGAGACUUUGUCCAAUGCAAACGAGCUGCAGAAUUACUUCACUUACACUGGCCUUGGACAUGUACCAGAUGCGUCCAAUCCGACAACUCUCCUUCUCUCUCGCCCAGCGUUCUGGCAGAGCGCAGGUGCACCACUAGGAUUGUCCUGGUUGCGCGAUCCUAUUCCAUCACCGUCGCUGGCCCCGCUCCCUUCACUCUUUCCUUACGUGCAGUCCUUCACUCGUGGCCCCCACGUCUUGACCACCCAUCCUCUCCGGCCACCUCCGACCAGCCCCGGGAGCCGUGAACUCCUCACAUUCACCCAUAUCGAUGCAUCGAACCCUGCGCAUUUCGAGGCCUACACACGUUGGCAAAAUUCUGAUCGCGUGAACGUUGGGUGGAGAGAGAAAGGCGACGAUGAGCAUCAUCGCGCAUAUCUCAAGGACCGACUGGCUGACCCGCAUAUAAUGGGGUUCAUUGUGUCUUGGAACGAAGAAGCAGCAGGUUACGGGGAGAUGUCGUGGGUAAAGGAGGACCCUAUGGGAACAUACGUUGGUGGACUGGGAGACUACGAUCAAGGCACUCACCUACUCGUGGGCGAAGAAAGGUUUAGAGGCAGACAGCGAUUCACCGCUAUCAUGACUUCAAUGAAGCAUAUGUGCUUCCUUCGCGAACCCAGGACAGAGGUCGUCGUCGGCGAGCCCCGCGCAGACCUACCUAUUAUCCCUCGUCUUACCGCGUACUUGCCCCAAGAGUUCAACAGAGUGCGUCUUCGAUAACUUGUGCUGACGGUAGCUGAUCAUGAUGCGCAGGAAUUCGAGCUACCCCACAAAAGAGCAGUGUACUUUGUACUCAGGAGAGAACGCUUCUUCCAGGCAGCAAUGUUGUACUAGCUAGGGAAUGUCAGAGUUCGCCGCUGCAGAUAUGACCUAUAGUAGUUGCGAGACGUACCAAUCAAUGAUGAGCGAAUUUUGUCAUCCAGUGGGUCUUGUUUUCGCCGUUGGCUUGAUGUCGUGGACGCAUAUCCUGACACACAUGGGAGAA